GUCAUAAUUUUAUGGAAGUUCGUCAUUUCACGAAGCCAAGAAGCAUCGAGAAUGAGGCUUAUCAGGUUUUACAUCCUGUUCUUUAUAUCUGUCGUGCCAGUUCUCGUAACAGGUUAGUUCAGUCAUUUAAAAAGCCUCAAUCGAAGAGGAAGCUUCGAACGCAUAUAAGGGGAAUUAUAAGGAGCCACGUCGUGUAAAUUUUCAGUGAACAUGUGGUUUAGCAAAAGGCGGUAGCGACGGCAACACUUAUAAUUUAGAUUUAGCUUCGGUGAGACGUGAAUUUUGGAAGCAGUAUUUCCAAUAACCUUCAUGUUCGACUAUGAAUAUAAAUAGAAAAUAACACGUGGCCAAAUCUUCCAGUUGUCGAGUUUCGUUCCCAGCCGCGAGAAACGCCAUGACAAAGCCACUGAAUACAUAACGUUCGUCGGGUUUUUCUUUUCGUUUGUUGGUUUUCUUCCCCUUCCAGAGAGUUUAAACGUCUCUGCCUGUCGGUUUUUAAUGUUCUAGCCGCCAUAAUCCGAUGAAAUUCCGACAAACUAACUCGGAUCGAGAAUUGCCGUUCAUUCAUCAACCUGACUUAGUGGCGCAAAAGGCGAUUGACGUGUCAGCAGCUGAUUGGCGAUAUCCAACACACCUGAAAAAAUGUCGUAUUUUCUCACGUGUGUUAACGUUCUUACGGCUUUUCUCAGGGUCGGAAAGCCUUGUAUAGCAUAGUAGUUUACACGAUAAACGACACAGACAAUCUCUAAAUAAUUAAUGGCAUAACCGCGUGUUGGGGUUCGGUGAGGAUGUCGCUGUAGGUGAAAAGUGUUUGAUUAAACGUCCAUUAAAUAAGUGUACUAUCAUAUUUAUUUUGCUGCCUGCAAGUGUUGACUUUUCCGACUGAGACCCAUUUAAAAGUAAAGUUAGGUGUUUGUCCUUUUCUGGCGCCAUUUCCUUUCAAAUGUUGAUUGCCGGCUUUCAAAUUUCUUCCAUAAUAGUAUUAGCAUUAGCAUAUCAGUUGUUAUGUUGCUGUUAUACUAAUGCAAUGCUAAUGAGGUAUAAAUACUGAACAUGUCCGGCCAUUCUGCGCCAUGAGAGAGUUGGUUCAACUAUUCAAACAUAUUCACUAACUGAUACUCUGAAGUUAUAAAUUAAAGCACAGUUCACGGUUCAGAUACUUCGAUUUAUUUAAUGACGCUCGUACCUCUAAAAUAUGACCUUGACUUCCAUCAAUGAAUAAUAUUUGUAUUUGAAUGAAUGUCUACUUUCGUUCAUGGUUGAUGAAGCUCUGUGGCGAGAUGAUUCCAGGAAAACAUGGAUCUUCUCAGAAAAAAAUAAUAAGGAAAAUCAUCGACCCAAUUAGUUACCCUCUAAUAGCCUAGAACUAAACUAUGCCUUCCCCAAAAAUAGUCUGUUUACUCAAACUCUAAGAAAUGUCUUUGGUAAAGAGGAAAUGACCCAGGGAAACUUAAUAGUUAGAGGACAAAAGUUAAGUAUACAGGAACAACCUUAAAUAUUGAAGCCUUCUUUUUUUAAUUCUGACAAGUUGCCAGCACCAUCCAACCGAGACAGUCCAGUGCUACAACGACAGAGGGGUCAAGUGUUCUCUUCGAAUGGGAUUUUCAUCUUCAAGAUGAGGACGAAAUAGAAUUAACAGGGUUCAUUUUUGGCCUUUGGGAGAAUGGUUACACCACGUUUUAUCUUAUGACGGUAACCAAGCAGGGA